UACAAUUUAACCUAACAUUUUGAAGUACUCCUUGGUGCAUUGUAUUGGUGUGAAAUAAUAUUAUAAUCUAAAAAAACCAUGGCGAUGGACGAACCAGUAGUACGCAUUGUGGCACCAACUGUCGAGCAACUUAAUGCCGAUCGAAUCACAGAGUUAGCAGAAAAGUAUUGGGCCCCACAUUCGGUUUCGGACCAUCUACCUUUUGAUUCAAAUGUUGUCGAGGAUAUCUACUUGCAAGACAUUCGCGGUAGCAAUUUCUCCAUCCGUCGUAUCAUGGUUCUGGAAUUCAGCCAAUACUUAGAAAACUACUUAUGGCCUAAUUACCAUCCAGAAGCUACCCACUCGCAUAUGAUGUCCAUUGUGGUCAUGUUGAACGAGAAGUUUCGCGAACGUGUUCAGGCGUGGGAUGCUUUUAAAAGUAAAAAUCAGUACUUUCCGAACUUUUUUCAACAAGUUUUACGUGCAUGCUUAGCAUGUGAGUUAGAGGUGACUUUACGAGAACAGACAGCUCUACUUGUGCUUCUAAAUCAUUGCUUUAAUAGUAUGGAGGUGGCUUUGUGUCGCGAUCAAGUGAAACGUUUAGUGUCCUUAUCAAUGUGGACUUCUCUACAACCUGCUAGGCGCGAAUACGAAUUUAAAACGUUCCCCAAAUGGAAAAAGUAUUGGCGAAUGAUACAGAAAAAAGAUAAACCCGAUCAGAUUGAAAAGUUAACUUGGGAACGAACAUUUUUACAAAAAUUAAUGCUCAAGUUUUUGAAUGUGUUGGAUACUAUUUCUAGAGAGGGGACAGUUUUUGAGGAUAAGAUUCAUUACUGUGAGAGAUUUCUGGAGUUGGUGACCGAUUUAGAAGCUCUUCUGCCCACUAGACGAUUUUUCAAUACGGUUUUAGAUGACUGUCAUUUGGUAGUCAGAUGUCAGCUAUCUCAUCUUAUUCAGAGACAGGAAGGGCAUUUAUUUAAGCAGGUAAGUAAUGCUAUUAAGGCCACCUAAGUUUUAA